UUAAUUCUAUCGGUAGAAAAUGUCGGAAGCCGUCGAUCCCCCGAAGGUAGCUCGCUAUAUACGUGCCCUGGCAUUCGGUGAGUUCACAGAAGAUGAGAAAGAUGAGUACUCCAAAGGAGGCAGAGAAAGAAUUUGAAGGCUAUCCCCCUCAAAAUCCCCACGCUCACCCUCACCUGCAAUAUGUGCAGCCACCGCCACCUCAAAAUUCUGACGCUCAGCUACAAUUUGUGCCGCCGCCGCCGCCGUCGCUGCCGCCUUAUCCCUCUCCUCCUCCUCAACAGGGCAACCCGUUGCGUCCCACAGAGUGGUCUUCUCGCCUUUGCGCCUGGACCGAAGAUCCAUCCCUAUGUUUGCUCAUAUUCUUUUUCCCCUGCAUCACUUUCGGGAGAAUUGCAGAAAUAGUGGACGAGGGUUCGGAGAAAUACGGUGUGAGUGGAGUGAUGUAUGGGCUGCUCUGUGUAACGUGGUAUGCGUGCUUUGGGGUGUAUGGUGUGAUUUGUGUUCCGGGGUUUGCUUCGUGCUAUUCAUGUAGGUACCGAACAAAGAUGCGGGCCAAAUUCAACCUGGCUGAGAUCCCGUGCACUGAUUGUCUGCUCCAUUAUUUCUGCGAGCCAUGCGCGCUGUGCCAGGAAUAUAAAGAGCUCAAACAUAGGGGAUAUGAUCCUGCUCUCGGUUGGAAGAAGAACCUGCAAAAACAAGAGCACGAGAUGGGAACCGCCAUGGCACCUCUGGUCAUUCCACCCAUGGAAAAAUGAGCCCACCGCUUAUUCCAUUUCUGUUUGACUAGGUCAUGUCUGAAUUAUCUACGGAGAUUUAUAUUUCAGGGUCGUGGUCAAUACUAUGUGUAAUCACUCAAGUGGGACUAUAGCUACAUUGUAGAAGAUUUUGUUUUAUUUGGCAGCACAUUUUAUAAAUCUAUUAUAAUGAUCCACUAUAAUCCACUA